UAGUUUGAAAUAAUGGCGCUCUCCAUGUGUAUACCGUGUUCUGCUGCAGUUAUUUGAUAAGCGUGUUCCGAUGACCUUUCAGAAUAAAAAGCAGAAAAAUUCAUUUAAACAAAAUUUAUUUUUUCGUUAAUGUUUUCUUUACGUUCUCGGUUUUUUUUUAAAAAUCUAAUAUGGCAUCAUUUUUUCGAUGGCGUAUCGCGAAUAAGGUGAUUCCUUUAUUAAGUGAAUCUGCUCCAUUCGAGAAGUGUAUUAAUCCAAGUGCGAUUUCAUCAUUCGUAAGAGUCAAUAAAUUCAAGAGUGAACAACCUCAACUUUUUCUUCCUUGGAAACCCUUGACAAAUGCCUUGCCUGAAAUAAAUAGUCUAAGAAGUCCUAAUGAAGUUGUUAAACUAUUAAGAAAUCAGGGCCUUCCAACUGCUGAAGGAUUUGUUGAUAUAGCUCUUUGUCAGCAGCCACUUAGUGUCGUAUUUACUGUAGAUAAAUAUGUAUUCUCUAAGAUCAUUUUGACUGAUAUUUGUGCUAAUGAUGAGAUAAUAGCCAAAAGUAGUUGCCUUUUCCAAGAUAUUUCACCUAAAAAAGUACUCAUUGAAUGUUGGUCACCAAAAAUUGGAGAAAUAUUUAAAAUGUCACAUUUUAAAUCUGGGAUUCAUAGCAAUUUUAUAGCAAAUAUUAAUAAAGUUGCCGGUCAUGAUGUUAUCAAGAUUGCUCAUAUUGGAGAUUGGGGUUUAGAAUCAGCUGCAACAUUACUCAAAUUUCAUGAAUUGAAUGAAAAAGAACAUUCAGAUGAUGUAAAAGCGGACCAACUAUUUAAGAUAUCAAGAUCUGCAAAGUUGCAAUUUGAAAAUGAUAUAAAUUUUAAAAAUAACGUGAAAAGUUAUUUUGAGAAAAUGAGAAAAGAUGAUAAAGAUCUUGUUUCUGAAUGGAAUGGCCUGAAAGAUCUAUAUAUGAAACAUUAUACUUCUAUUUAUGAAAAAAUAGGCUUAACUUUUGAUGAUACUCUAUUUGACUCUUCUUAUUCAGCAGAAAUUGAAGAAACUUGCAAGGUUUUGUUGGAAAAAAAUUUAGUGACCAUUUUAGAUGAUGGAAAAGUGAAAAUUAACAUUGAUGCUGAAAGAACUGAAAAUAUAUUUUCUGAUAAUGAGAUGGAUCCUUUUAUUAACAGAUUAGGAAGAUCUAUAUUUGCUGCAUCUCACUGGAGAAAAAAGCAUAAUUUUGAUAUAAUGUAUUAUGUAGCACCUACAUCUGAAAAUAAUUUCUUUUCACUCUUGUUUCCUGUAAUAAAAAAAUUUGGAAUUGAAUGGUCCAAUACUCUGCAUCAUAUUAAAUUGAAAAAUAUCAGUCAUUUUGAUAAAAAGCGAAAAAACAAAGGAGCUGAAUUUUUCAUGAAUCAAGCAAAACAGUUCACUAUAGAUAUGCUUAAAAAAGAUUUACAUAUGCCAGAAGAAGAAAUAACAAAUGAAAUGGCUGAAGUACUGAGUAUUACAUCGCUAAUAGUGAAUGAUAUGAUGCACAAAAGAAGUACAGAUUAUGACUUUAGUUGGAAGGAUAUUUUAAGUUUAAGUAAAAAAAGUGGAGCAUCUCUUCAAUUCUGCCAUGCAGGAUUAAAAGGUUUGCAAGAGGAUUCUGAAUUCAUAUUUAAAGUUGAAAUUGAUACAUCUCCACUUACAGAAAAUGUUGCUCAUAAUUUAAUAAAGCAUUUGUCAAGGUUUGAUGAGGAAGUGUAUAGUUCAUAUCUUACUCUGGAACCACGUAUUUUACUUGAAUAUUUAUUUUCAUUGUGGUACUAUAUAGACAAGGCAACUAAUGUAUUAAAACUUGACAUUAAAGAUGACAGAUUAAUAGUAAUAAAAGCUCGCUUAAUGCUGCUUGAAGCUGCUCGAAAAACACUGCAAAGGGGUUUGCAUCUUUUGGGGAUAACACCAUAUGAAACAAACUACACCCCACCUGACUUUAUAAAGGAAUAGCUUUUAUGAUUUAAAAUAUUUAAUAAAUUGUAUUUUUUUGUCAUUGAAUUAUUUUAUUUUGUUGAAAAUUGUAAAUAAAUUGUUUUAUUUAUAAAA